AUGGCGUUUGCUGCACGCAAUUCCAUCUACAUCCGCAACCUAAGUCCUCAGGUCAGCGAGCAAGUCUUACGAGAGACUUUUGGGCAGUGCGAUGCAAUAGAGCGAGUUCUCUUCCGAUCCUACCAGGGAAGGACGGCAGAGUUCUUUGCACAAGUCGAUUUUGCCACCUCGAAGGGUGUCUUGGAGGCACAUCAACUGAGUGGCACGAAGGUCAUGGGGCAAGCCGUGGAGAUCUCCGUCAUGGACCCGGGCUCCAAAGACAUGGCCCGGAAGAUGUGGAACGUCCAGCGGCCUUGGGAAACGGUGCCUGAGGACCAGGAGGAAGAAGCUGCGACAAACACAGAGCCCCAAGGAGUUCAGGCAGAGUACUUCAGCAUUCAGGACCUGCCAGCAAGAGUAGUAGUUGAAAAACUUGUGGCCAUGACGCUCUCCUACUGGGAGAAAUGGAAUAUGGUGUGGCUUGCCGCCAACUUUUACAUCCACUUCGGCUGGGAGAUCAGUCUGCUGAACUUCUUCGAUUACGCAGAAUGGAAGGGAGGGUUCAAGUCCUGGAACCCUUUUUGCCAAGCCUUCUUCAGCUACGGCGACUAUGACCGCCGCUACAAGCUGAAGCCGCCGGCCGACUAUCACGGCACCAAGGCCAGCAUCGACAAGGUGGUCUUGGCCGUUGAGGUGCCUGCUGGAAUCAUCGACGGUGCUUUGUGCUGCAUGUGGUUGAAGGGAAUUCUGGACAAUGCGUGGUACAGGUACCCGGUGCAGCUUGUUGUCAGCGCACUCCACGCUUUCGGCACCGUCGUUUUCUGGUCCGACGAGCUGGUGCCUGGAUGGAUGAACUGGAUGAGAGGCAAGGGCUGGAAGUGGACGCACACGGAUGGACCCAAGUCGAUCCAUUGGUGGUGGGCCUUCAUCGGAUCUAAUCUGGUCUGGGUGGUCGUUCCGAUGAUGUAUGCGAAGAGUGCAAUUGAUGUCAUCAAGCCCGCGAUGCAAGCAGCGCUCAAGAAUUGA